ACCGCAUCUCUCAUCCUGCAUCUCACACACACACACACACACACCGCAUCUCUCAUCCCCCAUCUCACACACACACACACACACCGCAUCUCUCAUCCCGCAUCUCACACACACACACCGCAUCUCUCAUCCCGCAUCUCGCACACACGCCGCAUCUCUCUCUCUCUCUCUCUCUCUCUCUCUUUCUCCCACUCUCUCUCUCUCACACACACACACACAUACACAGCAUCUCACACACACAGCAUCUCACACACACACCCACACCCACACACACACAAUAUCUCACUCUAGUGCUUGUUGGAGUGUUCCAGUCUUCCAGUUCCAGUCGAAAAGUUGUAUAGAAGUUACUAGAUGACGCUACAAUCAAAUUUGCAUAUUCAUCAGGAUCAUUUACCAAUCGAAUUACUAAUGAACAGCUAUAAAGAAGGAAGAGUUUCUGAAUAAAUGCGUCCACAUGCUUUCCUGCUCCAGUGUGGAUUAAAAAAAAGCUAGAUGGAACUGUAGGAGGUGCGAUGCGAAUGGACAUGAUCGCAUACGGACAAUGUGGUUACCAUGACGACAGACAAAGCAAACAGUGGACAGAAGAAGCAGGUCUGUGAUCAACAACAGGAAGAUGGAGAGGCUGCAGCGCAAGAGCCUGACGCCAUCGAACCCCUUCUGGACGGACCAUCCGGCUCACCGCUGACUCCUGGAGGCUCAGAGGAGGGACAGCAGGCUAAAUCACGCCAGCAUCCCUCGAGUGGGCGUGGCCUCUCACGCCUGUUCUCCUCGUUCCUGAAGCGACGCUCACAGUGCUCAGACGACGAGGGGGUCAAGUUGGAACGAGGCCAAGAGAAAGAGGAUCCCAAAGCUCCUAUCGCUGACCCUGAACCUGAGCUACGCAUUGAGGGAGACGCAGCACUGGACCUGCACUCCAUUAGCAGCUCUGAGAACCAGGUCAAAGUGGACCAGAAAGAUGAUGAAUUCAAGGUGGAGAAGCAGGAAAUGAAAGAAAAGAAGCAAAAGAAAGAGGAGAUGAAUAAAAACCGAGACAAGAAAAAGAAAACAGAGAAAGCAAAAAAUGCAGAGAAGAAAGAAAAGAAAGAGAAGAGGAACAAGGACAAGGUGAAGAAAGAUGAAGGGAAGAAAGAGAAGGAGAUUGAAACAGAAGAAGAGAAAGAGCCUGAGGAAGAGGAGGCCAAAGCAGGAGGAGCGGGGAAAAGAGAGAAUACAGAACGAGGGAAAAAGGAGAAGAGCGCUGAAGAGGAAGGAAAGACUCUGAAAAAUCAGCGCAGACCGAGGAUACUGCACUGUAAGGUCACACUGCUGGACGACACACUGUUUGAGUGUGAACUGGAAAAACACGCUAAAGGUCAGGAGCUGUUUGCGAAAGUUUGUGACCAUCUGAAUCUGUUAGAGAAGGAUUAUUACGGUCUAGCAGUGUGGGAGACACCGGUCAUCAAGACAUGGCUCGACUUCACGAAGGAGAUUCGAAGGCAAGUGCGAGGAAUCAACUACGAUUUUACAUUCAAUGUGAAGUUUUACCCACCGGAUCCAGCCCAGUUAUCUGAGGACAUCACCAGGUAUUACGUGUGUCUCCAGCUGCGUAAGGAUAUCAUGAGCGGUCGUCUGCCCUGCUCAUUUGUCACUCUGACCCUGCUGGGUUCUUACGCUCUGCAGUCUGAGCUGGGGGAAUACGACCCCGAAGUCCACGGCACAGACUACGCCAAGGAGCUCAGACUUAUCCCGAACCAGACCAAGGAACUGGAGGAAAAGAUCAUGGAGCUCCAUCGCACGUACAGAUCCAUGAGUCCUGCUCAAGCCGACAUGAUGUUCCUGGAGAAUGCCAAAAAGCUCUCUAUGUAUGGUGUAGACCUCCACCAGGCUAAGGAUCUCAACGGGGUGGAUAUCAUGCUGGGUGUCUGCUCCAGUGGUCUCAUGGUUUAUAAAGACAAGCUGAGGAUUAAUCGUUUUCCCUGGCCGAAAGUGCUGAAAGUCUCCUACAAACGGAGCAGCUUUUUUAUCAAGAUACGGCCAUCUGAGCUGGAACAUUAUGAGAGUGCUAUCGGCUUCAAGCUGCCCAAUUACAAAGCUUCUAAGAAGCUUUGGAAAGUGUGUGUAGAACACCACGCCUUUUUCAGGUUAACGUCUACUGAAGCUGCCACCACACCCAGAAAGCUCCUGGCCCUGGGCUCCAAGUUCAGGUAUAGUGGACGAACUCAGGCUCAAACUCGGCAGGCCAGCUCCAUGAUCAACCGUCCUGCUCCCCACUUCAAGCGCUUCGCCAGUAAGAUGGCCUCUCACAGCUUAGACGGAGCCAUGGUGUCCACCUUAAAUAAGACAGCGCGUCCUGUCAGCGCUCCGAUCAUGUCUCCUAUCUCCAUUGGCGAACCGGCUCCUUCUGCCAUGGUGACAUCAUCCGUCCAGAUGGAGCACAAAGAUCUGGUGACACCCAGGAGUCCAGCGUCUCACUCAGGACAGAAUAAGGUGGAGGUAAAGGCGGAGAGCUGUGUGACCGGGACCUUCAAAAUGCAAAGUGUUGCACUGGAGGACUCGUCUGAGAUCAAGAUGCUUGUCCGGCGUGAGUGGCGGCAUCGUGAUGUCCAGGCAGUGAUGACCGCUAACGGGGAGAAAAUGAGUCAGCCCCCACAAGUGAUGGUGCGAAUGCGCAAGAAACGAGCGAAGAAAAUCGAGGGCGAAACUCUUUAUACCAGACACAGCAAUUUAAUGUUGGAGGAUCUGGAUAAGACUCAGACAGGGAUCAUGCGUCACCACAGCAGUAUCAGCGAACUCAAGCGCAGCUUCAUGGAGUCGGUCCCAGAGCCACGGGUCAGUGAGUGGGACAAGCGUCUGUCCACAAACUCGCCAUUCCGCACAGCCAACAUCAACGGCCAGAUGCAGGCAGAUGUGACUCCUUUAGUGAAGACACAUACUGUCACUGUUUCUGACGUGAGCAACUCCCCGGUCAGCGAAACUGCCACCAAGGAGGGUCCGAUCCUGCACACCGAGACCAAGACCAUUACGUACGAAUCUGCUCAACCUGAUGAGAACGUCGGGAUGCUGCUCAAUGCACAAACCAUUACCUCCGAGACUUUGAGCACCACCACCACUACGCAGAUCACGAAGAUGGUGAAAGGAGGAAUCUCCGAAACCCGAAUCGAGAAGCGGAUCGUGAUCACCGGGGACUCGGAGAUUGACCAUGACAAGGCUUUGGCUCAGGCAAUAAAGGAGGCAAAGGAACAGCAUCCGGACAUGUCGGUUACUAAGGUAGUAGUGCAUCAGGAAACAGAGAUCACUCCGGAGUGAAAUCUUCUCCCUAAACCACACACAGAAAUCCAUCCCUGAUUCACGUCCUCACCAGACCGCAUGCUGAAACUCCAGACAACUUCAGCGGCCACUUCCUCUGACCGGCAGGAAGAACACGACUGAUCACAUCUCCACCGGCUGUCCAGUGGAUUCAACCUUCUACCAGGAUCCAGCUUUCCUCUAGCAUCACUUUUCUGUAGCACCUCUCUCUCUCUCUCAGUCUCUGUCUCUGUCUCUCUCUCUCUGUCUCCCUCUCUCUCUCUUUCUUAGUCUCUGUCUCUCUCUCUCUGUCUCUCUUCCUCUAUAUCUCACUCUCUCUCUCCACAUGUCCAUAAUUGGUUGUUUCAUGUUAAAUUGUUAUAACAAAUCUACUGAAAAGAUCUGGAUUUUAAUGCAAUUUUAAGUGUAGAUUUUAGCGGGUUUGAUAAACUGUAGGUUUUUAAUACAUUUUUAAAUCAUAAAACUAAUGUACUGUGGGGUUUUUUGGGGUUUCGUCACACGGGACAAAGGAGCAGCGGCAUCAGAAAUCAGUUUCGUGUUUUUUCUUUUAAAGAAUAUCAAUUAUUGUGAACAAGUUCUUCUCUUUCUUCUUGGUAGUAACUGUUAUCUUCUCUUUAGGUUUCACUUUACGUCUUUUCUUACGGUUGGGUUUUAGAUGGUUUUGUUUAUUGAAGGCUGCAGACAAACAGUGAAGCUCUCUUCAGUCUCUGUAUUUCUGUGUGAACUCACCUGCUCUUUUCCAUGCAGGUUUUAUGGAGUCUAAGUUGUUUUUCCCUCCUAAUUACCAAAUCCAGUGAGCAUCACCCACACCCACACACACACACACACACACUGAGACCUUCCAGCAGUCACGCAGUGAGAUAUGAUGUAGUAUGUAUUAUAGACGUAGUUGUUAUACAGCCGUCUUUCCUUUUCUUUUUCUUGUCUUGUAGACAUUGGAUCUCGUUAUGUGAGUGACCGCUUGUUAGCUACAUGUCCCCUGUCCUUCAAAUCUGCUGUGCAAAAGCAGAACUUUCCUGUCUUUUUUAGCGUCCAUCGUAUACAAAGUUCUAUUCCCUCACUAGCUUGCUAGCUUUCUAGCUUUCUAUCAACUCGGUGGAGUCUCUCCUGGCGUUCCCGGAGUUCUCUCCCAGUGUUCCCGGAGUUCUCUUACAGUGUUCAUGGACUCCUCUCUUCUGGUAUUCCCAGAGUUCUCUCCCAGUGUUCCCGGACUCCUCUCUCCUGGUAUUCCCAGAGUUCUCUCCUGGAGUUCCUGGAGUUUUCUCCCAGUGUUCCCAGAGUUCUCUCCCAGUGUUCCUGGACUCUUCUCUCCUUGUGUUCCCAGACUCCUCUCUCCCGGUGUUCUCGGAGAUCUCUCCUGGUGUUCCUGGACUUCUCUCCCGGUGUUCCCAGAUCUCACAGCUGUGGGGUAUCUGGGCUAGUAUAUCAGGUGUCUCUUCGCUAAACUGCUUCAUGAACACACGCCGUCCGUCUUCUUGCCCGUGUACAAUUCAACUCAGCAGGCCCCUGGGAUGAGUCCUAAACAUGCCCCACACCACUGGCCAUUAAGGGCAGGAUGCUUUACAGCUGAAAGUAUUACCACUGGGUAGCAACUGCAUUAGAUCAGUGGCCCUGAUGACCUUUUUCUCCAGGUUCACCAGACUUUUUUUAGGUCUCAUGGCCCUGACAUGAGUUAAACCCCAGCAAGCUUGCUUCUUUAACCCAAGAAGUAAUUACAUAGGCAGACUUUUUUGUCCAGGACAAGUGGUCCUACUCAGUAUUAAGACUGGUUCAGAAGAAAGACUGUCCGAGUCUUGAUAUGACAAGGCCUUAACAUCCUUCUCCUUACCGCAUGCUAAGAUUAUCAAAUGUCAGAUGUCCUUUGAAAGGACAGGUCAGAUUUAUCAUUCAGACCUGGGAAGUAGAUUCCCGGGAAUGAUGGCUGUAUAUUAACAGUCACGGUGUCUUUGCUGGAAGGUCUCAGUAUUUAUACUGUUUCCACAAAUUUUAGAUCUCUUCACUCAGCAGUAGUACCUGACCUCACUGAAUGUGGAGCUUAUUAGAAUCUUGAAUGAGAUGUUCAUGAAGCACACAUCAGUGUGAUGGUCAGUUGUCCACAUACAUUAUUUGUGUGUUAACGAAUGUGACAAAUUGCAUUUUAGUUAACGGAUACACCACGAAGAUUUGUUAAAUCAUAGAUUCUCCUUAAUGAUGGAUGGAUGAUGUGAUGUCUACGGCUCAGGCUCAUCUUCAACUCUGGACUCACAAAAUGAGUUUGGAUCGGAGGUGUCGCUGAUCUGGCUCUAGAAAUACACAAUUGGCUUCAAAUACUUUCAGAUUAACAAAGUGUACUAAUCUCACGUUCCUUUCCAUUGCCAGUCAGCUAGUCUGCUAGCAUAUGCACAUGCACAAUAAGGUGCUAGCAAGCCUGAUUCUUUGUAUUCAUACAAGUUAUAGUUGUAAACACUCAACUAAAUAAAACCACUCACUAGAAUUAAAGCCAGAGUGACAUUACUGAAUAAAAUAAACAAAUGGUGCUCAGAUACUCGUUUAAAAAACGUUCCUAAUCAUCUGUAUCAUUAUAAUUUCAUUUCAUUGGUGAUUCAUUAUGCCGAUGUUAAAGCUAUUGUCUGUUUGUUUGUUUUUUGUGAGUUGCUGCCCCGCUUAUAUAAAAAUAAAUCGAAACUCCACGUUUAAAACCAUUUCCUUUUUUGAUAAUAGUAUAAAUAGGAUUUUUGUAACAAAGCCUAACGCAGUGUUAUGUCUUUAACGGUGUUUCGUCUUUGCGUUGUGAUUUCUGCUCCUGUGGAUGGAGAAGUUUAAUGUUUCAGUUCCUCCUUGUUUAGCUGAUUAAACUCUAAUUCAGUUUCAUUGUAUGUCUCACCAAAAUGUUGUAUUUCCUUCCCUGUUUGUUCAAUUUCCCUGCUUUCUGUAGACAUAAAGAGCCUGGCUGUAUAAAUAAUAUUUAAUUCUGGUACUAAAGCGGCUCACUAAAGUGCACUAAAGCAUCAUGGAUGUCUGGUUCAGCUGCACAGCAGAACUACAGUCAGGAUUAUUUCCUCACACCAUAGACCAAUAUUCCGGUCCUUUUUUUUGUCCGGUCCUUUAUUACUUUUAACUUUCUGUUGUUUCCGAUGGUCGCGUUGUAAUUAGACUCCUGAACAUUUUGUAAUGUGUUUUGAUCGAUCUGUGAUGUUGUGUAGAACGAUUUGCAUAUUUUUAAAUAAAAGUAGUAGACACUCUGAA